UCAACAACCAUUUUUCAUCAACUCCACACUCCACAAAUACUACCACCAUGUGCCCCUGCUACUGGAAUCCGCCUCCCCAGUGCGGCGAAUUAAGCGAGGCCGACUACCACCACGGCCGCGGUGAAUGCCUCUUCGCGACCUUCUGCUGCCCCUGUUACUGGUUCUGCUGUGCCUCUAUAUGGUGCUGUUUCGGGGCGAUUGAAGUGUGCGACGAUAUGAAGAAGAAGAUACCAAAGAAACCGUACGAGCUGAAGCAGUACGAAUGGCGGCAGAAGAACGCCCCACGGCCCUUGGCCCGACGAAGCCGGACGUUAACUCUACCGCUCCAGAGCAGCACCAACCAGUGGCCCAGUUUCACAAUCAAGCAAAAGACGCUGGAUCAGCGCGAUUCCGCUCUCUUUAGGUUACCUCUAGAAUUGCGACAGAAGAUAUGGUCCGAGGCCAUGGGUAGUGCCGUCGUACAUAUCGGUUGUAAAGAGAAGAGACUCCAGCACACCUUGUGCCGUGUCUGCGACCCCACAGACUACUGUACCGGUCCUGCAAUCACUUGCUGGCCUUGUUCACCUGGAAGGCGAAAUCCCUACCCUGUAGGUUCAGCUCCCCAGGUGUUCGGAAUACUAGCUUUGGCGAAAACGUGUCGGCGAAUCUAUUCCGAGACCAUCGACCUAGCCUAUACCCAAAAUACGUUCUCGUUUAACGACCUCUAUUGCUUCACCUGGUUUGCAUCAACCGUCCUUCCCACGCGUCUCGAUCUUAUCCGAUCCGUGCGCCUCUACUGGGAUCUAGAUCAACCCUUGCAUUUCGAGGGCAAACUCAGCGCAAAGUAUCACGCCGAAUGGUUGUCGCUUUGCCGAGAGCUUGCCAGGAUGAAAGGGCUAAGGGAGCUUCGAAUCAAGCUCAGCGGGAAGCCUAGGAUGAACUCUCACGAACUCGAUAACAUUUAUUCUCUAAGACCUCUUCGGGAUAUCCGCGGCCUGGAUGUGUUUCAAGUAUACGUCCCUUGGACGCCUACCGGCCAGAUUUCCAGAGCCUUCCGGUUGCUUGAUGUCAGGUGUUGGCCGCAGCAGUGAUACUGCUGCUCUGUGAUACUCGGAGGACGGUAGAGGAAGAAAUAACAGUGGGACAUAUUUGAAUUGUGCCAUAUCCCGCGCAUCAGCACCUUGUCGCUGCACAAGUGCUACGCCAUACCAGGGAGCACCUGGAACGUUGUACUGCCUUCGCUUGGAGUCCACAGAGAGUACGGUGUCGGACUCAAAGCCAGGGGAUGUCGGUCUGGUGUUGCCGGAGGCCCGAGCCACGGGACUGAUAUGCAAGGACUACGCUGGGAAAUUGUUCCGUCGCGGUGGCAUUUUGAGAUUGGGAAGAAGGAAGUGCGUUUUGCGCCGGAGUGGGAAGCCGAGCGGUUUGGAUACUAUGGACUAGAGGGGUCGAUGAGCUCCCCCCAGCCUCGCCUCGCCUUGGAAUGAGCCGAACUAUUCUGGAUUAGACUUGGU